UGUUUGGAAGCACCUGCUUUCAAUAUACUUUGUAUCCCUCAUUUACUCAAAUGUUUCCACUAUUUUGGCAUUUACCUGUUUAACCAACUGUCGUGAAAGUGCGCCCACUUAAUUAGGCGUGUCGCAGUCUAUCUGUAUGACCUUAUAGCCUACCUGUGGACGGGGGUGUUUGCUUGGAGAACUGGCAGAUAGUCCUACCGCAAGCAAGAGAUGGGGAACACGGUAACGAGGGAUGACUUCGAGUGGGUAUAUACGGAGCAACCGCACUGUAGUCGGAGGAAGCAGAUAUUAGCCAAGCACCCGGAGAUCAAGUCCUUGAUGGGCCCUGACCCCCAGCUCAAGUGGGUGGUGACAGCCAUGGUCCUAACCCAGGUGCUCUGCUGCUUUCUGGUACGCGACCUCAGCUGGAAGUGGCUAAUCUUCUGGGCCUACAUGUUCGGCGGUUGCAUCAACCACUCUCUCACGCUCGCCAUCCACGACAUCUCACACAAUGUGGCCUUUGGGAAUAAGGACGCUAUGUGCAACCGCCUCUUUGGCAUCUUCGCCAACCUACCAAUUGGCGUGCCCUACUCCAUCAGCUUCAAGAAGUACCAUGUGGACCACCACCGUUACCUGGGUGGCCAUGGACUCGACGUGGACGUCCCGACCCACUUGGAGGCUCGUCUCUUCAGCUCCCCCGCACGCAAGAUCCUGUGGCUCUUCCUGCAGCCGCUAUUCUACGCGCUUCGUCCCCUGGUGGUCAACCCUAAACCUGUAGGCAGGCUCGAGCUGUUGAAUUUAAUGGUGCAGCUAGCAUUCAAUGCUUUCAUAGUGUACCUCUGGGGGCUUAAGCCUCUGGUCUACCUGAUAGCAGGUUCGCUGUUGUGUAUGGGACUGCACCCGAUCUCGGGGCAUUUUAUCGCCGAACACUAUAUGUACCUGAGCGGAAUCGAGACGUACUCGUACUACGGGCCGCUGAACUAUAUCACCUUUAAUGUGGGCUACCACAUGGAGCACCAUGACUUUCCCAGCAUCCCCGGCAGCCGGCUCCCUCAGGUGAAACAGAUGGCUCCAGAGUUCUAUGAUGAUUUACCACAGCAUGACUCAUGGACACGGGUGCUCUGGGACUUUGUGUUUUGUGAUUCGCUUGGACCUUACUCCAGAAUUAAACGCACCUUCCCAUUGGCUAAGCAAGACUAAGAGCCCGUGCUCUUGAUCUUCUGACCAAUGAUCUUCCACAAAAGUGUCUUGACAACCCAGCUGGCGGGGAGUGAAAGGCUUCUCAUUUCUUGUCCAGAUCUUUUACUCUGCAGACAAGACUGGUGUGCUGGUGUCACAUUCAACUCACCAGCAUGAGAAGACUCUUAACCCCUUUGAAUGUUAUGUUACCUUAGAGAUACUGUAAACUAUGCUAUCCAGAUUUAUUGUAUAUACUGGGUAGAAUAAAAGGUACUCAGCUGAUUGUGAUGAAUAAUUGAUCAUAAACUUUAUGGCUGUGAUGGUGAAUCUAAAAAGUUGCAGUUGUGCCCCCAGAAAAGUCUCCUAUUUGUACAUGAAUUUCCUGGGUCAUGUUCUUUAUGCACCAAAUGGGAUGAACUACUUGAACUUGUCCAAUAACAAAGAUUUGUUUAUUGUUCCCUAAAUCCCAUCUUGGAUUAAUGAUUCACUCAGACUUCUCAUUCCUAACUCACAAUAUUGAACUAACUUGUUAUAGUAUUUAGUAAUUGUUAUGGCUUACUGGCUUGAUCUUCUAGAGUACAAAUGUGACCAUUUUUCCCUGAUCUGUGUUGCAAUAAGUAAAUAUGUGCCUAAGUUACAAUCUGUUUUAGCUGGCUGCGCCUCAGAGAAAUAUGGUUGUUGACAUACAAUGAUAAGCAAACACUAAAAUCCUUUAGGCUCUUGUUUACAUAGAAUGCACUUCUCUCGUACCCUGCUUUAGAGUAUUGCAGAAAGCAAAUACUAUUGAAUAAUGAGAUUAUUAUAGUGUAGAAAGGCCAAGCUAUAGAGCACCAUGAGAUUGGCUCACACCAAAGUUCUAAAACCUAGAGGGGUGCAGCUAUCGUUUCCAUUUAUUGCUUUUGUGAUGACACAAGGUAGCACAAUGGAGGGCUGUCGCCAGAAGUCAAUUCUAAUUAUGUGGCUCUAUACAGGGUAGGCUGUCAUGGUAAAUACAAUUAAAACAUAUUUUUUAACUGACUUGCCUAGUUAAAUAAAGCAACAAAAAAAAUGGUUUAAUACUAUGUCCCAAAUGGCACCCUAUUACCUAUAUAGUGCACUACUUUUAGCUAUAUCCUUAUGGGCCUUGGUCAACAGUAGUGCACUUUAUUAGGGACAUGACCCAAGUGGAACUUCACCUCCAAGGUGACCCUCUCUGUUAACAGGGCUGUGUUCAGUGAGGUGAAAUGUUACAGAUAGAAACAAUGUAUAGAGUUAGUAAUUCACAAUUCUACUGGACAUACAAAUAUAUAUGUUGAACAUGAUGUUUGGAACAUUUCACCUCACUGAACACAGCCCUGGUAACGUCGCAUAACAUUCAGAUAGAAAGCUCAUAGGCAAUCAUUGUUCUAUACAAGGUAUUUCUGAUGGGUCUGUAAUGUUGCACCCUCCUGAACACAGCCCUGGUAACAUACAGUAUUAUACAGUAGCACAUGCCAUUCAAUGUAUUGGAAUUAGGAUUAAAAUUACUUUAUCCUGA